CGUGGACUAAAACAUAGCACUAAAUAAUAACAAGUGUUUGACUCAAACUCACAGUCAGUACACAAAACAUUGACACCGAUUGACAAUCACUGCCAACACAUCAUCAAUGUCUUCAUCAUUACUGAUGAAGUGUCAACACAUUGUUAUGAAGACAACUAAUUAAUAUAUAAAUUGAUUAAUUGAUUGAUUUAUUAAAAACAAAAAUCAGUUAUAUCCAAAUAGUUGUUUGUCAUCGAUGUCCCAACAAUAGUGUGUCUGAUAUAGUGUCCUUAAAUCCGAGCCAUCAAUCCGUUUGGACCGACAAAAUGUCAUUCAUCGGUCGACUAUCGCUUUACCGGAUCCGCCGCAAUAAAGUGACAAUAAUUCGUGUCAUGUGUUUGUUUGUGUCUUUGGCGCUCAUAUUUCUUCUACUAAUGCGAACCAUUAAACCGAAACAUCAAAGCUCUUCAUUUAUCUCAUCGUUUCUGUUUGAAUCUCAAAACGAAUUAUCUGAAGAAUUACAUCCCAAGAGAUCUUCCAAAGUAUCUGUGAUUGAGUUGAGUGCCAAAGACUGGCAACUGUUUCAUAAACUAAAUCCUGUGGUCAACGGUUGGGGCGAUAAAGGUAUAGCUGUGAGCUUAACAAACGAAGAAGACAAGGAGAUAUCGAAAAAGAUGUUCAAAUCGGGUGCUUUCGAUGUAUUUAUCUCCGACCGGAUUAAUCCCAAUCGGUCACUACCUGACGCCCGUCCCUAUGAAUGCUCUAAAGUAGAGUAUGACUUAAAGACAUUAAGCUCGACCUCUAUUGUGAUCAUAUAUACUAACGAGAUUUGGUCGGCACUUAUAAGAACUAUUUGGUCGGUUUGGAACCGAACGCCCGAUAUUUUGCUCAAAGAAAUCAUUUUAGUCGACGAUUUCAGUGAUAAAAUUGAACUAAAAGAUUUGUUAGACAAAUACCUGAAUUAUUUUUUCGGUGAUCGGGUAAAUGUGAUACGACUUGACAAAAGAGAAGGACUUAUUAGGGCUAGACUUAUAGGAGCCCGUAAAGCACAGGGAGAUGUAAUUGUAUUUCUGGACAGUCACGUUGAAGUUACAGUCGGAUGGUUGGAACCAUUGCUUUAUCGUAUUAAAGAAGACCGACGAAAUGUGAUCUGUCCUGUGAUUGAUGUGAUAUCUGAUAAGACACUUGAAUAUUAUGCGGGAAAUCCAUAUUAUUUUCAAGUGGGAGGCUUUACGUGGAGCGGACACUUCACAUGGAUUGACAUCAAUGAAGACGCCACUAGAAAAGCACCGACAAAAGCAGUACUGUCGCCAACAAUGGCCGGCGGAUUAUUUGCUAUUAAUAAGGACUACUUUUUCGAGAUCGGCUCUUAUGAUGAAUCGAUGGAGAUCUGGGGCGGAGAGAACCUCGAACUAUCGUUCCGUAUUUGGCAAUGCGGUGGUCGUCUGGAAAUUCAUCCGUGCAGUCAUGUCGGCCAUAUUUUCCGUGAUUAUCAUCCAUACUCUUUCAAUGGCAAAGAUACGCACGGAAUCAAUACAUUACGUACUGUCAAAGUAUGGAUGGAUGACUAUCAGAAGUAUUUCUUUAUGCAUCGAAGUGACCUCAAGAAUGCCGACGCCGGCGAUCUGAGCAAAAGAUUAGCUCUUAAGGAACGCCUGAAAUGUAAAUCUUUUAGUUGGUAUUUAAAGAACAUAUAUACUGAAGAUAAGUAUAUAUUUGAUAAGGACUCCCGAGCCUACGGGUAUGUGCGGAACGGCAUAUCAAACCUAUGUCUCGAUAAUUUGAAUCGCGAAGAAGACAAAGAUCAUAAUUUAGGUCUAUAUAUCUGUGCACCCGAUAGACCACAGGAUGUAUGGACUAAUCAAGUAUUUACACUAAACAAUAGGGGAGAACUGAGACGAGAGGAGAGUUGUGCUACAGCUGAGACCGACACCGAUGUCAUACAAAUGUCCAAAUGUGUUGAUUUAAAGUUUACUAAAGCUAGACGUAAGCGCACUGUAAGAUUGGAAAAGAAGAAACAAUUGUGGAAACAUACAAAAGGUGGUCAAAUAAUUAAUGAAUAUACCGGUCAAUGUAUGACCACUUCUGAGUUAGACAGCGGUUCCGAUGUCAAAAUGGCUGAUUGUAAUGAUGACGACACUCACCAAUUGUGGUGGUUUCAGAUCUACACUGAUAUUAAUGUUGAGUAA